ACAGACCACCACCAACACCAAUCCCAUCCUCUUAAACCCAACAUUCUCGGAAUCCCUCUCCUUGUUCUUCUUCGCUUCAUUUCCUCUCUAUGGCCACGGCGGCGCGCGGGAUUCGCUGCGAGCUGAGGAGGUUCCAGACUCCGGCGGUUCGCAGCGGAGGAGAUCAGCCUCUCCCUCCGGCUCAGGUUCCAGUUCCGAAACUGACGAAGAACGCAAAGAUCGUGCUUCAGCCUCGGCUAUGCACUCUGAGAUCGUAUGGCUCGGAUCUCGUCAGUGUAAUGAAAACAAGCAAAGAUGGUAGAGCUGUAGGCGAUGAAGCGAUGUCGUUUUUCGCAACUCUGUCGGACUACAUCGACAGCUCCAAAAAGAGCCAGGAUUUCGAGAUCGUCUCCGGUCGUCUGGCUAUGGUGGUGUUUGCGGCGACGGUGACGAUGGAGGUGGUGACCGGGAACUCGUUGUUCGGGAAAGUAGGGAAGGAAGGGAUAGCGGAAGCGGCGGGGGUUGGUUUGGCUGCGGUGACCUGUGCUGUGGUUGCUGCUUGGAUAUCCAGUGCUCGAACCCGAGUGGGUCGGAUCUUCACUCUGGGAUGUAACUCGUUUAUAGAUUCGCUGAUUGAUCAGAUCGUCGACGGCUUGUUCUACGAGACCGAGAUUACUGAUUGGUCUGACGACGUCUGAAAGUUAAGGACAAGUUCCCUGUUUACAAAGUUAGAUAGUAGUGAAUGUUAUACGGUAUGUUGAGAAAGUUUGGAUGCAUAUGGAUGGGGGGAUGAAUACCGAGUUCAUCAUCCUCUCUAGACUUACUAUCACCGAGAUUGUAUUGUAGUUAAAUGAUCUCUACUUAUUGUAAUUUUGUAGCUAUAGCGUUUGAAAAUAUACAUUUACCAAGCCAAUGUCAUAUAUCCCACUUGAUCAAAAGUAUUUAGUUUUUUUUUUU